UCCCUUUGACUAAAAACCAAUCACAAACAUGGCGUCAUUGACAGCGGGGUCUUUGACUGACUAGAGCAUAACAUGGAAUUUAUCUGUUGUAGUUAAGAAAGAAACUGAAAAUGUCUUUUGUGAGGCCAGGACACAAGAAGAAGCGAGUUGUUACUCGAAAAAAGCCAAUUUGGGAUGACUCACUCAAUGAUCUGUCAGUCUUCAAGCCAUCAGCACAAGAGCUGGUAGAACGACAUGUCGCCCAUAAGUCAAAGAAUCACAUGACUGUCAAACUAGAGAAAAUGAGAAAAGCCAAACAGAAGAACACAAGCUUGUCCAAUGCAGAGGCUCGUCAGAUGGCCAUUAUGAAGGAGGUUCUGUACGACCAGCAGCAGCUCCAUGACACUUUAUCAAAGUCUGACAAGAUGAUGGCAGUUGUGAAAGACCUGUUUGGAGAUGACCCUCGGAGAUUCCUGGGUAUCCCCAAUGUAACGUCAGUGCCUGGCCAGGAGGGGACACACACAAGGACUAAGCAUAUUGUAGCCCCAGUGAAGGACAUCAGAACCAAGUCUGAAACUAUGAGUGAGUCGGUGAUGGACCAAGUAGCACUCAAUGAUUUUACAGAUUCAGAAUCAGGAUUUGACAUUCUUCUGGAAGCAAGAGAUGACGGGGAUGCCAUGGAACCCAUCGUGUACCAGCCCCAGAUGAACCUCCAGAGAUUCCAGCAGUUCCUGGCUGCAGAGGAGGAGAGGAACCAAACCCUGAGCUCCAUCGGUGGCCAGGCGCAGCUCACCCAGAAUGCAUCAGGACCAAUACAGAGCACCAGACUUCAGUCCACACAAGAUGUCACUGGCUGUGAGACCCCCAAGAAUGGCCACAAUGAGUCUAUCGAGAUGCUGCGAACACCCCGCUCAGCCAUCAACGACACACGGAAGGUGAAGAAGACGAAGAAGAGAGUCUCCCCACAGAAGGAAAACAGGCCACAAACUGCUUCCGCUCUCAACCUUACAGAUCUCAGGAAGGUCUUGGGUCAUCUAGAGAAUGAGAUUGAGGAGUACGAGAAACAAACAGGUCGUCGUCCGCCAGCUGAGAAACAGAGAUCUGAGACAUUCAGUGGCUACACGGUGGCUCUUGUAGAUUCUGUGUCAAAGCUUGCCACAUAUCUGCGGGAGACUGACCUGCGCAUCCAGGCCGAGGUGACGGUCAGGGAACAGCUGACCCAAGAUGUCUUCCAGCUGCGACACAUCGUGGACACCCUCACCUCUGAUAUUAUCGUAACUCAAGAGGAUUAUGGGAAGAUGUUGACAUCAUUUGAGCGGUAUCGGUCUGAGAGUAAGGAAGAGAUAAACAGGCUGAAGCUUGCACUGCAAGAGACAGUGAGACUUCAGUCAUCUCCACCAGAAGGAUCCUCAGCUUUCCACACACAAGAUGGUGGCAGGUCACACACACAAGAUGGUGGCAGGUCACACACACAAGAUGGUGGCAGGUCACACACACAAGAUGGUGGCAGGUCACACACACAAGAUGGUGGCAUUUCAUACAGACAUGAACAUGGCAUGUCACACACACAGCACAGUCAAGAAGCAUUUGUCAAACCUGCCAGCACCAUAGACAUUGACACAAGUUACCCAGGUCUGCCUGAGCGUGUUCCAUCACACGCUGUUGUCCUGUCACCACCCAUCAGGAAGACAAGAGUCACUGAUGGACCAGAGCCACAACCAGCUCCACCAAAGCGACAAACCUCCCUAAUUGACAUCUCCACCUUGAGUGAGCCUGUUGCCUCACGUCACCUGCCUCCUCACACGGCCCGAUCAGGUCAGCCACCACCCCAGGUGGCCACGGUCAGUGUCCCCCGUCCAGCCCCCCUCGUACAGUCCAACCUUCCUGGGGGGAGCCUCUCCACAUCUGGACACUAUCACCCCACCCAGUCUGUGUCCAUGCAAGUGACUGAGACCUCAGGACCGAUGUCAGCACAAAUUGCUGAGCUGAACAGACAGCACGAAGAAGCACAGAAAAGGCUUCAGAUCCUGUUUCAGCAGCAGGAGAGACAACACAUGCAGAUGGUGAUGCAGCAACAGCAGAAGUUUGAUCAUCAGCAACAGGGGAUGCAGCAGCUGAGCUCAGAUCCACAGCCUGUUGGAGUGUCAAGUUCCAUGAGACCCGGCCUAGAGCAAGGUGUACAUGGUCUUGAUAACAUCUCACAUGCUGGAGUAAACGAGAUGGCACAGUUUGACACACCGCCUAAACCACAAGCCCAGUCUCGUAUCCAGGGGCCAAUCUCCCCACCAAUCUCCCCCAUCUCCUACCGAUCUGAUAACUUCACAGUGUUACAACACCUGCAGGACAGACAGAGGCAGUAUGGUGGAGGUACUGGUCGGGAGAUAACCGUGUCCCUCCCGGUGAUGGACCUUGAGAUAUCAGGAGGAAGUCCAUCUUCGCCUAGAGCUUUCUUACCAGGCCAUUGACAGGACAGAUGACCUCACAUACUAGCCCCCCUUGACCGACAGAAGUGGCUCACAAGCAACACCCUCCUAACACAUCAACUGGACAUAGAAAAGUGAUAAUUGAAAUACAUUGUUUGUUUUUUCCCUCUGUUAUAUCACAAUUAGGGGACAAUGGGAGGCCAUGUUUUCCAAGGUGCUGAUAUUCUCUGUGCAGAGUUGUGCCCCUUAGAAAUGAAUUAUUGUGGGUCGAUAUCUCAGUUUCACCCUGAUUGUUUCUAGGUUUGUCAGCACCACACCUGUGCUCGUGGGUUUCUCCAAUGUGGUAUACAUCUGAGACCUGCAUCACUUAAAGCUUUCCUCCAAAAUUAAACUGAUAUGCCAUUAUGUAGCUGGCAUACUGUUCAAAGCGGCAUUAUACUAGAUCCACUCAGUCCCUCCCUCACACAUGAACGUGUAAGGUUAAGUCUUAACAUUGUUAAUCUAUAGCCUGGUCAUGUAUAGGGUAGAAGCAUCUUGUUCACAAGCAGUGCCAUAUCAAACAUAUGGGUGCACACAUGUAGGAUUUUUAAUCUCGGACUUCUUCAAAAGAAAGAAAUAUUUUACUCUAUUUCAAAUGUUCCACGUUGUACAUGUAGUAAGGGGAAAAGUUCCUUUUAGCAGGUCCAAUUUUAGUGUUAUGUCUAAAGUAAAGUUCUGAUAAUCAUAUCACCAAUAUCACUUUGUUAAUGGGCACUUUUUGGCCUGGACUGGCCACAAUAGUUGUAACAACUCUGCAGUUAAUGUUUGCCGUCACAAUGCUGGGAUGUAGUUUGUAAAGGAUGUAAGAAUCAAAUCAUGGCCAUUGCUGCGACAUAAGACUGUUUGUGGACAUGAAAUUGAAACUCCUGCUAUAUCAAGCUAUGUGUCUAAUCAUAUUAAUUCAAUAAUGAUUCCAAAUAAUUUAUUAAGAUUCUUCACAUGUUCCCUUGAACUGCCAGCAUCAAUCCUGCUGAAAAUGGUUGAUGUAUUGUUGCAGCAUCUCAACAACGCAGAAUCUCACUCUUUAUCAACUUGCCAGUGUCAAAGACAGCAGAGGGGUGGUGGGGUAGUUUAGUGGUCAAAUUCGUCUCCCAUCAUGCCAAUGUUAUGGUUUCUAUUCCCCACAUGGGUACAGUGUGUGAUUCCAGUAUCUGGUGUUCCCUGCUGUUAUAUUGCUGGAAUAUUGCAAAAAGAGACAUAAAAUUUAACUCGCUCAUGACAACUGAGUGCUGGAUGUAGGGUUAGUGGUGCUCUUCCCCGCACAGUUAUGGACCGUGAUUCCAGUGGCUGUCAAAGUGGCCAUACAAGUAUUAGUACCUUUGGAUGUUGGGGACCUGUAUCUGUGUACAUUUUGUGUCAUAUUUAUUACAAAAACAUGUUUAAAAUUUUGUACAUUUAGUAAUACUUUACUGCUGAGCAACUGGUUUUUUUAAUAUUUGGCGUGUCUGGAUUCAUAUUAUUUAAUAUGUUGACAUUUGGUAAUACCAGUUGUUGUGAUGUGAUACUCAUUGUCUCACAAUGACUGAUGUGAUAUACUGACCAUCCAGCCUGAUACAACUUGAGUCAGGGUUUAGACAAUAUGCAGAAAGUUUUCUGAAAGGACACCAUUCCUCAUCAAUUAUCCAGUGUAGCAUAUUUCCAUUUUAAAACACUGUUUGGUCAGGUUUAAUGAUGUGGGAAGUAUAAACAAUGCUAUUGGGAGUCUUACUGACCUCACAUCGUUGACCAUUCUGGGAUUAAUAUUUGUCAGAUUGUUAUUAUACAUCUGUUUGCUUAUGUCCAAUUCUGUAAAUAUGAAUAAUAAAUGACACUAUUAACCUUUGUCAUGAAAACAUAUUAUUUAUUUGAUUUUAGAAUCUUGUCUUUGUUCUGAUGUAAAUUGUCUUAAUUUGACGGCUAGGAGUUCAAACAUACAAAUAACACCUGCUUGGAAUACCAA